UUGUCAUAGGGAGGGGACAUAUAGGAGGACACAACCCUUUGGCUGUAGUUGGAAUAUCCCAGUAGAACUUGACAAGGCGUAUCAGAGGUGGCAUCUUAACAACCCUGUAAGGAACUCUAGGAUUUCCAUUGGGAUUUUAGGAGGACAAGAACAGUUUGCAGUUUGGAGAUUGCAGCGUCUGAACCAUGUUCUCCACGGCCACUUCAUACAAGAACCAGCAUUACUCGGAGCUGAAGAAGGAAUGUCUGGAGGACAAGAAACUGUUUGAGGAUCCAGAGUUUCCUGUCACCAACACAUCCCUGUUUUACAGGAAACCACCUCCUGGUAUGGUGGAGUGGAAGAGACCACGGGAAAUCAGCGACGAUCCUCAUCUGUUUGUGGAGGGCAUCAGCUCUCAUGACCUGAACCAGGGCCGUGUGGGUAACUGCUGGUUUGUGGCGGCGUGCUCCUGCUUAGCACUGAAAACAGACCUCUGGCAGAAGGUCAUCCCUGACUGGAAGGAGCAGGAAUGGGACUCUAAGCACCCGGAGAACUACGCUGGUAUCUUCCACUUUCAGUUCUGGGUGUUUGGGGAGUGGGUGGAUGUAGUGGUGGAUGACCGCCUGCCCACCAUCAACAGAGAGCUCAUCUACUGCCACUCCAAACUCAACAAUGAGUUCUGGAGUGCCCUGCUUGAAAAAGCCUAUGCCAAGCUCUCUGGCUGCUAUGAGUCGCUGGAUGGGGGCAACACUGGUGAUGCGGUUGUUGAUUUCAGUGGAGCCGUGACAGAGGCCAUCAACCUGGAGGCUGAAGUUUUCCACAAAGACCAGGAGAAAAUAGACAACCUGUUUGAGGACUUGCUCAAAGUCUACGACAGGGGUGGAAUCAUCAGCUGCUCCAUCAAGGCGUCUCCUUCUGAAAUCGAGGCUUGGAUGGCGUGCGGGCUAGUGAAGGGCCAUGCCUACUCAGUGACUGCAGUGAAGAAAGUACGCUUGGGCCACGGUCUGAUGGCCUACUUCCAGAACAAGACCAUCCCCCUGAUCCGCAUGAGAAACCCCUGGGGAAAGACUGAGUGGAAAGGAGCCUGGAGUGACAGCUCAGCAGAAUGGGAAAGGGUUGGCAGCAUGGAGAGGGAUAAGCUUGGCAUCACAGUAGAAAACGAUGGGGAGUUCUGGAUGGCGUUUACAGACUGGUGUAAGUACUUCACGGAUGCCGAUGUGUGUCAUCUCAUCAACACCUCUCUGCUCACCAUCCACAAGACAUGGCACGAAGUGGUGCAUUUUGGGAGUUGGACCAAGCAUUCAGAGCCCCUGCACAACCGCUGUGGUGGCUGCAUGAACUACAAACAGACCUUCCUACAGAACCCCCAGUACCUGAUUGACAUGACCAAGGAGAUGGAUGAGGUUCUGAUCUCCCUACAGCAGAGAGACAUGAAGAUCCACAGACGUAUCGGCCAAGGAGAGAACCUCACCGUUGGCUUCACCGUCUUCAAGGUGGAGCUCAACAGAAAGUACCGCAUGCAUAACAUCAUCACCCAGACGAACGUGCAAACGUCGAAGUACAUCAACGCCCGCACGGUGUUCACGAGGGUCACGCUCCCCAAGGGUCGCUACAUCAUCAUCCCCUCCACCUUAAAACCGGAGAUUCUGGGAGAGUUCAUGCUGCGCGUUUACACUGAUGUAGACUCAGGAUGCAGAGAGCUAACAGAACACAAGCCCAGGACGAGGUGUUGGAGUGCAGUCACUGGCUACCCCCAUGUUGUGUCCCAGAUCUACAUCCACGGAGCAGAGGGGCUGGAGAACCAGGACGGCACAGGGGGUGCAGAUCCAUAUGUGAUUGUGUCCUGUGAGGGCCGCUCAGUCCAGUCAACAGUUAAGGCAGACACCCUGAACCCGGUGUUUGAGACCAGAGCCAUCUUCUACAGAAAGAAGCCCAGGAAGCCAAUCACUGUGGAGGUGUGGAAUAGUAACGCUGUGAAGGACCAGUUCCUGGGCCAGGUGGUUCUGACAGGCUCGUUAAAAGACUCCACCAAACCCCAGAGGCUCCAGCUAAGGAAAAGAGGCAGAGCCAUGGCCGACGAGAUGCCUGGCUCCAUCACCCUCCGCAUCGUCACCUGCACCGAGCUCACAGAGAUGUGACCUGGAUCAGCUGACUGCUACCUGGGUCACAUUGACAAUGUAUACAAGACUCUGUCACCUCUUCCUUGCCUUAACAAAGCCAGAAGGAGACUUUGGACAGGAGCUUAUCACUACAAGACAUCAUUUUGUUUGUCAGAAUGACUAUCAAUUAUUUUAAGGACUGGCAUGGACCAAGAAGAACCUUCAAGCCUUCCGGAGUACAUUACUUUGUGUUUUGUAAAGAGACAAGUUAUGCCUUUUUGAAAGGUGAAUGAAUGUGAAAAAGUCAGCAUGAAGCAAGACAAAAUGCAAUUAUUUUAUACUAAACCAUACACUAUGAAACAAAAAUAGCUCAUUGAAGUGAUACACAUGUUGCAUCUGUAUACAAAAUGAUGCAACAUAUACAUUCUAAUAACAUGUUUGUUAUCAUAUACAAAUGUAUGUGCCUCUUUUGAUAUUGUUGAGAAACAGACGAAAAAGGUUUCAGUUUUUGCUACACAAUGUUGUAAAGUCUUGAAUAACCUGAAUGUACAGUAAGUUUUGGACUAUGGUCAUCAAUUUGUAUCCUUCCACUGAGCAACUUGAAAUGUCUAAAGGGUAUACUGCAUGUGUCUAAACUACCGUACUCCCCAUGCUCAAAAUGAUUUGCCAGGUAAUCCCCACUAAAAGGUCAAAGUACAUCUAUUCAAAAAGUUCAUUUACAAUGAUGUUUGAAUUUUUUUAUUUGAUUUCAGUCCAGUUCCCAAACUGCAGUAUUUUGUUGUUUUACACUCAAGACACAGCCAUGCACAAUUCAUAAUUUAAAAAAAGUCUAUAGCUUUAACCACAAUUAAAAAUAGCUUAUCCGAAA